UCAGAUGCUACACAUACACAAAUAUAUUGGCUGCUUCUAGUAGUUGGGAGUGACAAGUGCAAAUCAAACGGGCAAACUGCAAUUCAUAUUCAUCAACUAAAUAGAGUUAAAAAACAUUCAAAUCUGAAGUAAGAAUAAUUGGAGUAUUGUGAGAUAAUCGAAAAGGUAAAAAGAGAGAGGGUAUUAAUUAAUACUACAAUAGUGGCAUUUGAUGAUCACAUUCAUAGGCAUUGGUUGGUAAGUAACGUGAUUCAAAAAGAAAAUGAGCUUCCAAGAUGUCGGCAACAAGCCUACAUCUGCCGCCAAAAAUCAGUCGGAGUCGCAGGUCGUCGCCGCCGCCUUGUUCCAGACCAACACCGCCGUCGCCGCUUUCCGUCGACUCGUUGAUGCCAUCGGAACCUCCAAGGACACUCCCGAUCACCGUCUCAAAUUGCGAAGUACAAGGCAACGUAUACUGGACUUGGUAAGGGACGCCUCUGCUAAGCUCAAGUCCCUCACUGAAUCCGAUCGCACCCACGACCAUCCAAAUACGAAAGUUCAAGAUGCCAAGCUCGCUAAAGACUUACAAACUACUUUGCAAGAGUUUCAGAAAGUGCAGCAGCUCGCGUUUGAACGCGAGUCUAAAUUUUCUCCUGCACUUCCUCCUCCCUCCUCUAUAACUAUUUCUACCCCUGCUGACCAACAUACAGAAUCCAGCUUCGAAAGGGAAAAUGAUGACUCAUUUCUUAUGGAACAGGAGAGUUCCAGACAGGAAAUUCGGUUAUUGGACAACGACGUUGCAUUCAAUGAAGCUGUGAUUGAAGAAAGAGAACAAGGAAUUGACGAGAUUCAGGGUCAAAUUAGAGAAGUAAAUGAGAUGUUUAAGGACCUUGCAGUUUUAGUUAAUGAGCAGGGCGUGACUGUUGACGACAUUGAACAUAGUAUCGAUAAUUCUGCUGUCUCAACGACCCAAGCUAAGGUGCAGCUCUCUAAGGGAUCGAGAAGUGGAAAUUCCAAAACCUCUUGGGUGAGUGGAACUUAUCUUUAUUUGGUGGCGAUGAAUACAUUUGAAGCCCUCAUAUCUGGCAAGUGUGCACAUUUUUAUUAUGUUUCUCAUUUUUGCCUCUUUAAUAGUGUUGGUGGAUGCUGGGAAUUAUAGUGAUCUUCAUCCUGGUCAUACUACUCAUCCUAUUACUGUAGCACGGACCUUUUCGUUGCUCGACCAUAUGCUGUAUGUAUGUACAUUGCAUUGCAUUGCAUUGUGUAAAUUACUCGAUUUUUCUAGUCAUUAUUAGCUGUCUGUGUCAUGUAAAUUUGCUUCCUUUUUUCCAGUUACCUUUUAAGGUGGUGUUAUAUUAGACGAAUAACUAAAAGUUUGAGUGCUAGACAAAAGAUUGAAUUCCUCUGUAUAUUCAUAAUUUUGUCUUAGCAGAAGAGCUGAGAACUAUGUUGUUUGCUACAUGCAUCCCUUGUACAAAAUAGUUUCAAAUCAUUCCCUUUUUGUUUCCGUA